CACCAUUCAACUCAAUCGUGGGUUCUUGAGUCUUUGAAAAAUGGUCUUAUAUCUUAAGCCAAGUCUUGGUCUUGACAGGCCAAGGCUUAGAUGGCCUUGGGGCCAAGCUUUGUUACAAGCACAUUCUAGGAAACCCCUCGGUUAUCUCUUGUCUAGGAGCCUCAUCCGUGUUCUAUGCUAUGAUCUAUAGCCAGUUCUGACGUUUGCAUGUCUUGGGACCAAGCUUAUACCAAUUAUCUUUGCCCACCUCGACCAAUAGCAGAUACUCGCUUGCUCGAAUAUGGGACUAAACAUCAUUCAAUGUGACUUAUCAUCUUCACGAACAUACUAAAGAACCAUCAUGGUGGUGAUAAGUGUUGUUAGUUCACUUGGCGCCUACGAUAGGAUGCAGGAGAAUUUGCAUCGUCGGUGGCGUGUACCCCUCAACUGGAUGGAUUUCUUACACUCGUCCGAAGUUAUAAAGAGACCUAUACCCCAGGUUUGGAUGAAGUCUAGAAGAUAUGAAUUCUAGUAUAAUAUCUUCUAGAAGACAAUUGAAUCAAGCCAAUAGUCUCUUUAAGUUGAUAAGUUAUAGCAUAUAAAUCCACACUUGCUUAACAUAUCACCCAUGAAGACUCUGCCUUCUAUCCGAGGAUACUCGUGUAAGCUCCGACUCUACUCCGAUGGCUGGCGAAUUUGAACGUCAUCCAUUUCUUUUAACUGCCCAAGAUGUCGAAAAGGCACUUGAUACCGACCUUGAAAGAGGCUUGUCCUCUGCAAAGGUCACGCAGUUGCAAGAGAUCCAUCCCCCUAAUGAACUAGACGUUGGUGGAGCCAUUCCUUGGUACAAAAUAUUUCUUAAGCAGUUGUUCAAUGCUAUGAUCUUGGUCCUAUUUUUUGCCAUGGCAUUGAGCUUCAUUGUAAACGAUUGGGUAGAAGGAGGGGUCCUCCUUGCUGUCAUCGUACUAAACGUUUCAAUUGGGUUCUACCAGGAGUAUGGCGCAGAGAAGAAGAUGGAUGCUCUCCGAGCUCUUUCCGCUCCUAGCGCCAUGGUUCUCCGUGAUGGUAGGACUCAAGUCAUCCCUAAUGCUGAAGUCGUUCCUGGUGACAUCGUCAUUCUGAAAAUGGGUGACACGGUUCCCGCCGAUGUCCGUCUUUUCGAGGCCAUGAAUCUCGCUGCUGAUGAACAAUCCCUUACUGGUGAAUCUGUUCCUGUCGAAAAGAUAGUCGAACACUUAGAUGAUGAGGAACUCGGAAUUGGCGACCGAAUCAAUAUCGCUUACGGAACGACUACUAUCCGGAAAGGUCGUGGCCGGGGCAUUGUUAUUGCUACUGGUAUGCAGACCGAAGUCGGUAAGAUUGCUGCUUCGACUGCGAAGAAGCACCAUAAGGCUGGUCGUUCUAUGAAUUAUAAGAAAUACGGAAAGCGACAGCCAAUUAUUGGUCUGGCUAGGCGUAUAUAUGAUUUCGUUGGUAAAUUUCUUGGGCUGACUGAAGGGACACCCCUUCAGAUUAAGCUGUCAAAAUUAGCUUACAUGCUUUUCGGCUCUGCCCUUUUACUUGCUGUCAUUGUCUUCGCUGUCAACGAAUUUCAUGUUCCUAAGGAAGUUGUCAUUUAUGCUAUUAGCACUGGUAUUGCCAUCAUACCCGAGUCUCUCGUUGCAGUCUUGACCAUAACCAUGGUCGUUGCCGUGACCGUCAUGCGCAAAGCCAAUGUCGUCGUCAGAGAUCUGUCAGCUUUGGAAGCGCUUGGCGGUGUCACCAACAUUUGCUCCGACAAAACUGGUACUUUGACUCAAGGAGCCAUGAUUGUUCGAAAAGUAUGGAUUCCGUCCAACACAAUCUAUACUGUCAAAGACUCAAAACAUCCCAGCGACCCGACCGAAGGUGUCGUUACGUUUUCGGAGGUUGACGAUCAGAACCCAGAGACUCAAAAACGGGACUUUGAUCAGGAGCGUAGUGCGGCGGUCCUCAAGUUUGAUGUGCCUGACGAAAAGCUCAAUCCCUCUAAACCUAAAAGGGAAAAUGAGAAAGUAGCCACUAUGAAUCCUGAACUACAAGAUUUUCUCCUCUCUGCAGCGCUGUGUAACUUGGCUACUGUAAGGCACGAGCCAGAACCCAAGGAUGGCCAGCCCGAAUGGCAAGUUACCGGCGAGCCGACGGAAAUCGCUUUACAAGUAUUCGCCCACCGUUUCCAGAAGGGCAAGAAAGUAAAAGAAGCAGAGGGCUGGAAGCAAGUUGCCGAAUUCCCUUUUGAUAGUGGUAUCAAGCGCAUGUCGGUGAUAUACAAUGGCCCGAACAUGGAACAUAGCAUAGUGUUUACUAAGGGAGCCGUCGAACGAGUGCUUGAUCUCUGCUCUACUGUUGGUACUGGAAGCUCCCAGGAACCUAUGACCGAGGAAUAUAAGGAACGAAUCUUGGAACAAAUGGAUACGUUUGCCAGCCAGGGCCAGCGUGUACUCGCAAUCGCGUCGCGACCUUGGGAAGGGAAGUAUCAAGAGAAGAGCUCGCCUGAAAAUCACGAGGGCGAUGAUGCUCUUCGCCAGCGCGUUGAGAGCGGCUUGACACUCCUAGGUCUAGCAGGGAUCUAUGAUCCCCCACGAAAGGAGACCACACCGGCUAUUGCAGAAUGCUCUUCUGCUGGAAUUAGGGUGCACAUGCUAACAGGCGACCACCCAGCGACGGCUGAGGCAAUUGCCAAGGAAGUAGGCAUUAUCCCCCGGAACCUCAGCAUCCUUGGUCAUGAUGUCGCCAAUGCAAUCGUGCAGAAGGCAAGCGACUUCGAUAAGCUUUCUGACGCAGAGAUCGAUGCCUUACCCGAGCUACCGCUUGUACUUGCCCGUUGCGCCCCGGAUACUAAGACACGUAUGAUCGAAGCUCUCCGCCGUCGAUCCGCCUACAUGGCCAUGACCGGCGACGGAGUCAACGACGCUCCAUCUCUAUCCCGCGCCGACGUCGGCAUUGCAAUGGGUUCCGGGUCCGACGUAGCUAAAUCGGCAGCCAAGAUCGUGCUCACAGACGACAAAUUCAACUCCAUUGUCGCCGCGAUCCGCGAAGGCCGACGCAUGUUCGACAACAUCCAAAAGUUCAUCCUGCACCUGCUCACCUCGAACGUAGGCGAAGUGAUCCUGCUGAUCUGCGGUCUCGGAUUCCAGGACCAAUCUGGAUUCUCCGUCUUCCCGAUCUCUCCACUCGAGAUCCUCUGGAUCAACAUGCUGACCUCGUCAUUCCCGGCCUUCGGCCUCGGCCGCGAGCAGGCCUCCCGCGACGUCAUGCGUAAGCCACCCCACGACCGGCGGCGCGGCGUCUUCACGAACCAGAUCCUUAUCGACAUGCUCGUCUACGGGCUGCUAAUGGGCAUCCUGUCGCUCAUGACCUUCGUCAUCAUCAUCUACGGCGCGAACGACGGACAGCUCGGCGUCGACUGCAACCGCGCAUUCACGCCUGGAUGUGAGCCCGUGUUUCGCGCUCGGGCUACCGUGUUCGCCGAACUGACGUGGUUGAUCCUGAUCAGUGCCUGGGAGUUCAAGGAUAUCCGCCGGUCUAUGUUCCGACUCAACCCGGAUGACGACUCUAAAUUCCCGCUAUUCAAGGACGUGUACGAGAACAGAUUCCUCUUCUGGGCCGUGGUGCUCGGUGCCGCUAGCGUUUUCCCCGUCGUCUACAUCCCCGUAGUUAAUACCAAUGUCUUCAAGCACAUAGACAUCACUUGGGAGUGGAGUUUAGCUGUUGCUGCAACUCUCAUAUACGUUGCUGGUGUGGAGCUUUGGAAAUUGAUUAAGCGACAGUUCAGACUUCUCGAGGACGCUGCGGUGGUGAGGGAUGCGUUCUCCCAGGGCAGCGAAGAGGGCGGUCGCAAGUUCCACCAUACCAUUAGUUUUAGCAGUCUGAAGAGCUGGCGGAGUAUUGGGAAAAGCCAUACCGGCGACACGCACGCCAGCACGAGGGAGAAGAAGGAUGGGAGCCCCGUAUAAAUGUGCCCGGGUUAGAUGCUAGAGAUGUUUUUGAAGCUCCAGGGCUGGCUAGCUUGAGAGGACUGGUGUCCUUGGCUUUUAUGUACUUACGACCUCCGCAACUCCGUAGAUUUUCGUGUUACCUUGACGUAGAAAUGAGUUUUAGACAUACAUGUAGCGCAUCAAAUUGAAUAUCCUUCAUGAGGUAUUUCAAUAGGAUUGGAUUAUUUCUCG